AUCCCCCUAGGGGGCCAAAGCUGACUUCUAUUACGAGAGCAGGCUACACAUACUACAUAUGAUUGAGAGAAGGGUAUGCAAUGCACCUAUCUUGCGUCAGCCGUUGCCAGGUCGCCAUUGGUACAUUAUUAGUCCCUGUUCCCGAGGUCGCCAAAGGGAAGGACCACCUGGGGGGCCACACCUACCUUCCAUUUGCAACUACGUACAUACAUACGACCCGAGCCACCAUACAAUGUAGUACAUGCGUACAUCUAUCCAUACAGCCUGUCAAUAUACGUACCUCUACUUUUUCUCUCUAUCUACAUCCAUCACACGCUCGCAAAUUGGGAAUAUCUUACCUUUUACCUCUUUUCCAGAUCCACAAAUACUGCCGGCCUUCUAACCAGCAUACAAUAGCUUCUACGUCUUGGCCCCAACUUCCCCCCCUUCAAUCUUGGUCGGAGCAUCAAAUUGCGAGGCCACAAUCAAAACCUCCUGUCUUUAUCAAACCCCCACCAUCGACAGGAAUAACGGCGGCGACAAGCAGCUGGCCGAAAAGCCAAAAACCUGCAAGGCUGACUGCCGCGACAAUUACGUCGAGAGGGACCCCAUGUCAGAUGUUCGGCAGCCAGCAGCUAGACCUCAACUACGAACAGAAGCUAGAAUCGAGAUCCCUUAGAAGCCCCCUAAAUCGUGCACAAUUGCGAAGUCGAAGCAAUGCGGUUCGUCCUUUCGUCUCUUCGCACUUUCUAGAAAUCCGAUCCGCUUUCCUACCGUCGGGGUCUUGGGUCAUCCUUUGUUACCUGUUACCUGUCUCGAUUGUUCUCUUUUUGACCUUGCUAAUCUGAUUUAUCUUGUCUUCAGACCGGAUGGACGUUGCGACUGA